UUCUCUCCCGGGGCCCCCAGGACCUCACAAACCCUGGUUCCACGGAUGGGCGGUGCUGGGAGGCGAGCGGCAGCCUGUGCGUGUUUGUGUGUAUAUAUUCAUGUGUGUGCGGGUGUGACGGGGGCAGGUCUUCAUCGCUGCAUGGGGUUUAUGUCCUACUGAAAUAAAAGGAAAGAUUGAAAUAGCGAACGGUUUCGAGAUCGGACAUAUCGACCAAAAAAAAAAAAAGGCAGGCAUCAUGAGUAAAGUGCAAGGUGGGAUGAAAUGCGUGAAAUAUCUGCUGUUCGCCUUCAACUUCAUCUUUUGGUUGUCGGGCCUGGUGGUGCUGGCGGUGGGACUGUGGCUCAGGUUUGACCCAGACACAGUGGAGCUCCUCACAGGCAAUGGUGCCCCCAACACGUUCUUCAUAGCUGUGUACAUCCUCCUCGGCGCAGGAGGCCUGAUGAUGGUGGUUGGAUUCUUUGGCUGUUUCGGGGCCGUGCGUGAGUCUCAGUGUCUCCUCGCAUCGUUCUUUGCCUGCCUUCUGAUAAUCUUUGGAGCCGAGAUCACUGCUGGUGUCUUUGGAUUCAUGAACAAGGAACACAUCGCACAGGACAUCCAUACGUUCUACAGCAACUCCCUCGCUGACGACAGUAACUCAAAUGCCACCAGAAUAGCAUUAAUUUACCAUCAAACUCUGAACUGCUGUGGAAUUUCCUCAUCGGACACCAGCCAGCCUCUGUGUGAAGACGCCCAAGAGGGCGCCAAGGACUGUGAGACUGCAAUAAUAGACUUCUUCAAUGAAAAGUUCCACAUCAUCGGAUAUAUCGGGAUCGGCAUUGCCGCAGUAAUGAUCAUCGGAAUGAUCUUCAGUAUGGUCCUCUGCUGUGCCAUCCGAAACAGCAGAGAGAUAAUAUAGGCGGU